AUGGAUAACCACCCCCCAUGUUCAGCCGUUCCUGGAUCUUCGGGUCUCCCUACUCAGGAAGAUACCACUGGCUUCACCAACGAGCCCACCGGUGUCAAUGAGUCUGCCAGUGACAACCAGCCCGCCAGUACCAAUGAGUCUGCCGGUAUCAACUCUCUUGUCGAGUCUGGACCCUCGCAAUGGUCCUCUCCUCCAACUCUUGAAAUUCUCCAGGCACACAUGGCAGCUGACGCUGACUCUGAUGAAGCCGCUGAAAUGCGUGUGCACCCCGAUUUCCAUGUCCACCUGGAAAGAUUGCAAAGAAUCAACGAAACCAAUCGAGUGAAUGCGCGCAGAGAAGCUGAGGCCCAGUAUCAAGCCUAUCGAGCUUCUCUGGUGCUCAACGAAUCUCAGAAUCAAGCUUCUCGCGUGCUUCAUGAUUCCCAGGAUGAAGCUUCUAUGGUGCUCAACGAGUCCCAACAUGAAGCUUCUCAGAUUCUUAACGACCCCCAGCGUGGAAGUUCGCAAUUUGCCAACCAAUCCAACCAGCCCUCGUACCAUGGCAGUGCCGGACAUGGAUCGCAGCUAUCGAUAAUGGACAUGUCUGAGCUAUACGAAACCCAACCUUCCACUUCAGCUGGGCUAAUUCCACAUGCUCGUCUCGACACAACUGAUCCCACGGGUUCUGCUCAUCCCAGAGACCACUCUUCUCACCACCAACCUCCAUCUCCUUACCCAACGGUAACUCGACGCCAGACUUCUGCUAGUCCAAGCCCUUUGUCAAAUCCUCCUCUGGUAGCACCUCUUAUGAUCGCACCUCGCCGGUACACAGAGUAUGGAAACCCUUACACACUCACACGUGAGCCAGAUUUGAUGCCUGAAGGUACCGUUCCUUGUGGCCCAGACCGCAUGCUUCAAGCAUGGCUCCUCCGUCAGCAGCUUAUUGCCGGCGUUCGUCCUGAAAAUCUUCAGCCCAUGUCAAACCCACGCAGUAUGCGACACCGGACGCCUCCUUGGAUCAUGAUCAACGAUAGUGGUGCCCAUAUCAUCAGAAUGGAGCCUGCCAGAUUUCAAGGUGUCAUGCUUCCUAUGCCCGACCUUCCUUGGUUCCCGCGGCGCGCAAAUCCUAACUCAUCUACUGCGCCUGCUUCGUUGAAUGCUCCUGCUAUUUCGAGUGUGCCAGCUGCUUCAAACAUCCAGACUGUGCCAAGUUCUGCCAAUACUCAAAACUCGCCGGUUGACCAUAACCUGUCGGUCACUCCAACUUCACCCGUUGCAAACUCGCCGGUUGACACAAAUUUAUCGACUGCAACGGAGUCACUGUUUGCUCCACCCGUUCGAGCUCCUCCAGUCCGGCCAGCUACUCCGCGCCAAUUUGAUAUUUCUGACCCUCCCAACUCGCUGGUUCGCCCAGGCACCUCGGCCCCCCCAAAUACACCGGUUGCCGCAAAUCCACAGAACCCAGACCCGGACCCGCGGGUUGUCGCCUUCUUCCAACCUCUCAGGCUCCAUGAGCCUGUUAAUUCAGCUUCAUCUUCCGCAGGUGCCCUCCAGUCACAGAUCAGGACGGCCCUGACUGUGCAAAACCGUACUGAUGCUGAUUCCAUCAGUUCUCGGGAAGCCCCUGGGGCCGGGGACCCAGAGUCUUCGGCUGCCUCUUCGGAGGCCGCCAAUGGUAAUGGAAAUGGGGUGGUGCACCACGGAGUCACCUGGUCGGAGCCAGAGGACCCCGAGGAGGAGGACUCCGGUGAGGCUGUUUCGCCUCACCUCCGUCGUUUCCUUCUCGACGGGGCGGAUGACUAG